CAAGCUUGCCUCCUCUUUGACAUCAUCAUCAAUCCACUGGCAUGCUUACUCUCACACUCUCCAAUGCUGAAAGGCUUCAACAUUCCAGGAAUGAAUGAAAAACUUGUUGUUAGCUUGUAUGCAGAUGACAUGAUGAUAUACCUAUCCAAGAGUAACUCA